UCCGAUGCCGAGCCAACUCGUAUCAUUGGUAACAUCUACAUUUCCUCUAUCGCUCCUCUCGAACAGGCCCUGGACUUGUUCGGCUUGUACAAGAUCACCCAUAUCCUUUCCCUUGUUCCAGAUCAAUUACCACCAUACAAGAACAAGGCGUGGUGGUCUCAAUACCAACAUAAGCAAAUCGAUAUUCUCGAUGAUCUCUCCUCCAACUUGUUGAAACACGCCACUGAGAUGAAUCAGUUCAUCGAUGAUGCCUUGUUCCCACCAGUUUUGGAUGAGGCUGGUGUCGUGAUCCCAUCAACCACACCCUCUGCCAAGGAAAAACACCGAGGUGCUAUCUUAAUCCACUGUGUCGCCGGUCAAUCCCGUUCUGUCUCUGCCUGUGCCAUGUACUUGAUGUACAGGUACGACCUUCCAUAUAAGACCGCCCUUGCAUUGAUCACCAAGAGACAUGGCAAGAGUAUUACCAUGCCAAACGACUCCUUCAAGGAACAGUUGGCCUCAUAUGAUACCUUCUUCCAUAGGCCUAAGGCUAUCGACACCAAGAGCGGUGAAUAUAAGCAGUGGAACAUGACCAGAAAGUUGAAGAUUAUGGGUCUUGGUGAAAACGAUCUCGACGGCGCCUGGAGACCAAGAAACGCUCUUCAGACUAUUCACCACGAUGAAGAUAGCGACGAAGAAGAGGAGGCCGAGAGGGUUGUCGAUGAAACCACCACCUACCUUCGUUGCACCAAGUGUCGUUACGUUGUCGCACAGUCCACGAACUUCAUUCCCCACGACAAACCAACCGUGGACUCCCGUCACGCCACCUUCAGAGCUAGAGGCGGACCAAGCCACCGUCGUUUCGAGAUGGCCGCAACUUCCUGCUCUCACUUCUUUGUGGAUCCAUUCCAGUGGAUGAAGCCGGAAUUGGACAAGGGUGACCUUCUGGGUAAGUUUUUCUGUCCUAACCCAAAGAUCAAAUGCGGUAACAAGGUUGGUGGUUACAAGUGGGACGGUAUGAGAUGUUCCUGUGGCGCGUGGGUGAUUCCGGGUGUCCAUUUGUUGAGCGCCAAGACCGAU